AUGCUUGGAAUUCCAAUGGGUGACCAAAAAGUGGAAGACCUUAGUUUUCGACCUGCAAAAGAUGAAUGUUAUAGCAAAUGGAUAUCCCAAUUUCAUAAAGCAGAAAACAUUAGAUUGAAUGAUAUCACGAAUGCAAUUAUAUCAUCAAAAGAGGCUGAUUUCAACUUCAAACUCAAUUUCAUUGUUCUGUUUUGCAACACUCUAGUUGAAAGUACACCUGCAGUUAAUAAAGAUAGAGUGCAUCACAAAUUUUAUAAUAUAGAUGGAGAACCUGAAAAUUUGGAAAUUACUCAAAACGUUCAAACAACUUUGGAAAAUCAACAUCUUCCAAAAGCAUGUGUUCAGGUCGAGCAUAUCAUUGAAGGAGAAAGACUUCGUAAACUUCUGAAUGAUUUGAGACAAUCAAAUUACAGUGAGCAAGAUAUCAAUUCGAUUCUUAAUAUCACCAAAGAACAACUUAAGGAAUUUGAUGACUUCUUUCAUAAAUCAAAAGAGAUCUCAAACGUAUAUUUUUAA